AUGCACUCUGGAAUCGGUGGGGUGGCCUCGCGGGCUCAAGCACCUGACAAUGGACACCGAGUGGCAGGUGCCAGUGCAAGGGGUGUCGUGGCCAUCCGGUCUACGAGCGCUGUCGUUUGGAAACUUGUUCGACCAGCCAGUAGCAGGCAUUGCGGGCCGGCGUGCCUGCAAGAGCUAUCGUUCGGGGAUGGUUUCGACCAGGCCAUUGCCGAUGUCGUGUGGCCCACCUCCCUGCGACGGCUAUCAUUUGGAGGCUGUUUCAACCAGCCUAUUGCCGAAGUUUCGUGGCCGGUCUCCCUCGAACAUUUGUUUUUUGGGGACAAAUUCAACCAGCCAAUUUCCGGCGUGUUGUGGCCGGCCUCCUUGCAAGAGCUCGAGUUCGGGUAUCGCUUCAACCAGCCACUGGCCAGCAAUGCAUGGCCGGAGUGCCUGCAACGGCUAUCACUCGGUCUGAGUUUCGACCAGCCGAUCUCUGAAGUCAUGUGGCCAGCCUCUUUACAAGAGCUUGACCUAGGGCAUGAGUUCAACCAGCCAAUCACCGGGAUCAUCUGGCCAACUUCCCUGCAAUGUCUCGUCCUAGGAUAUCGUUUCAACCAGCCAAUCGUUGAUUUCGUGUGGCCGACUUCCCUGGCAUAUCUCGAGCUAGGACAUGAAUUUAACCAGCCAAUAGUUGGUGUCGAGUGGCCGACUUCCCUAGGAAAACUCGGGCUAGAACAUCACUUCGACCAGCCCAUUGUCGGAGUCGUGUGGCCCGUCUCGUUGCAUUCCCGUGGGUUAGGGAAUUGCUUCAACCGGUCAAUCACAGGUGUCGAGUGGCCGACUUCCCUGCUACGGUCAUCAUUCGGGCACGCGUUCAACCAGCCUGUUGCCGAAGUCGUGUGGCCGGAAUUCCUGCAGCGGCUAACUUUUGGGAACGACUUCAACCAGCCAAUCAUCGAUGUCGUGUGGCCGGCCACCCUGGAGCGCCUAUCCUUCGGGAAGUGCUUCAACCAGCCGGUUGUCGGCGCCGCAUGGCCCGCCUCUCUUCGAAGGCUAUCGUUCGGGAGAUGCUUCAAUCAACCUAUCGUCGGGGUUGUGUGACCGGCCACCCUGUAUUCCAUAUUUUUCGGUUCGGAAUUCAAUCAGCCCAUCCACGCCGGUGUCGUUUGGCCGGAAUCCCUCCGGCGUUUGGUGACGGCAAGCACCAGGGGUCUGCUGUGAGCACGUUAGAGGCCUUUCCUUCGGAUUGUGUGACUGCUGCCAUCUACAGCAAGCGUAGGAAGGGGCCGUGCCAAGUGACCGGGCUCCGCGUGCACGCUUGGGCAUUAAGUCUCGAUGAGCAACCUGGCGUGUCGCAUCACAAGCGGUACAUAUGUGUGUACAUGCUUCCCUUUUUGUUUCUGCGAGGCGAGCGGCGGUUGCUCUCAUUUUUCGUUGCGUGAAACACGUAGCACGUACGCGGGGGGGUAGGGUAGGGUAGGGUAGAAUGCGAUUUGAACGCAAAUCUUGUACUGACCAAGGCUCCGCAACACACAGCAGCGACAUUGGUUUUGACAAAGCCAGACACUGCUGAUAAUGCUGCGUUGUGUGAGGUGAUGCUUGAUUCUCCGCUCUUCCAGUGGCACUUUGCGAUGCGCCAGAGAACUUUCGGGUGGUGUAGGUUUGCAUCUGUGGUAUUUCGUGGGAGAAAAUACCGUUGAAACGUCGGGAAAGAGGGACGGGAAUGGAGGGGGGAGAUACGAGAAUGGGUGCCAUAUUGUUGGUGGUUUGGUGUGUAUACCCAGCUUUCGCAGCGGAGGGUGGAGGGCGUUUUCGAAAAUACACCUUGUUGGAGAGGUGGAGCGACAUUCCUCUGAAUAGGUUGCUAAGGAAACGACGAAAGGUGCAUGACGCACGACAAGGUCCCUCGCUGACUAGUCUAAUGGUGUAACUUUACCUUACAAAAGAUAUAAGCUCAGCUCGUUGGCACCCGGCUGGAUCACUUGGGUUUACAAAGGAUACCCGCACGAGUUCAAAUACCGGCUGGAUCACUUUUCUUGACAACAAAAAAAAGUGCACCUAGAACUAUCAGCGUCUGGCGAGUGGUCCGUCCCCGGAGAUCCCUGUUCUCAAUCCUAAGCCAUUAAAAACCCAAGUGAUCCUGCCGCAUGCUAGUGAGCUGAGCGUAUAUCUUUUGUAAGAUAAAGUUACACCAUUAGACUAGUCAGCGCUGACUAGUCUAAUGGUGUAACUUUAUCGUACAGUCCCUUUUGUGCAUCAAGCCGUUUGAGACCUUUGCUAAAGAGUGUCACGUGUUGCUUGCAGAAACAAGACGUCUGAUCUGAUCACCAGCUUAGGUCCAGCUUUGAAACACGUUUGUGUGUUCGUGUGUUGGCGUGGGAGGCUUAGAAAUAUUGGUUGUGGCGGUUUGUUUGGCUUAGAAAUAUUGGUUGUGGCGGAUUGGUUGUGGCGGUUUGUAUUCCGCGGAUCUUAAAGGUAGGAAGUACAGCAGUGUAAGCAGAUUUUUGCCCUAGUGUUAAGGAGGACCCGAUUCGCAGGAUAUCCGUCGAUUGACUUUUACCUGAAUCGGUACACCUCCGCAUAAUAUGGCGUCAGCAGGAUUCUGGUUCGAAUCUCCUUGGGUGCACAAUUUUGCUCCUGACGUGGAUAUUUUCCCACAGACACAAUGUGUGUCAGUCCUGAGAACACCUCUUGGAGUCGAUCCUACAAAGAACCUUGUGACACUUCCAUCGAAUUACCCAUCCUGGCCACAAGAGGUUCCCAGUUGAGGGUAAAUUCUGU